AUGAGAAAAUGCUUCCCAACAAGGCGCAUACCGAUCCUACGAUCAUGGGAUCAUCGUGGUCUAAGAACAUUACGACGAAUUGUCUCUCGAAAUCCAGCUGUGAAGCAACUGAGCAACGCCGAGCUUUUGGAGAUCAUUCAUCAGGACAAGGAAAACGCUACCUCUACAGCGACUGCUCAAACCAACUCGGAUGGCCUUGACUCACAAAAAGACGAUUUUCUCCCACAAGCAGCAUCGCCUCUUGCUACUCGUAUACAUCGAUUACCUCAGUCACCGUUGACAGAUCCGGGUCUCGUAGCUGCUCGAAUUCGUCACAGAGCAGUGAAACCCCUUCCAUCCGGAGAUCCCUCACCAUUCCAAUUGAAGCUGCAGAAAAAUCCUUAUGCCAUUGCACUAGCGACUCCACCUCGACUAUGCGUCCUAACAGGCCUUCGACUGCCAAGCUACUUCCAGAUUCCCUUUGGUGUCUCGACACACCCAAAAACUGGGGCACCAUGGCAUCUUCCAAAGCUCUCAACACAAGUAGUGUCCAAUCCUAGCGAUGGCAAGAUACCCAAUGGAAAUCCCGAAGGGAUCCCACCGUCUUUUCUGGAGCCCGACGCAUCAACGACUAUGGAAAGCCCCAUGCGUACAUUAUCAAGCACACACUUCCUUGCAACCCGCCAAGUCCUCGCGCACGUCUCGAGCCUUACACCUCCUCAUUACAAUAGACUGAUGCCCUAUCGUUGGAGACAGGACCCCAGCGUCAGAUUGUCCGAGAUAGUCUGGCGCGAAGACAUGGAUAUCUUUGUUCUUGAAAUUCUCCGAAGAAACGUAUCAGAGACAUUAUCAUAUCUCGCCUCAAGGCCGGCAGCUUAUAUUGCUUCGUGCAAGAGUUAUGAUAACAUCGAUAAGCACGGUCAAGUUGCCGCCGUGCUAUGGCUAAGGCAAGACGCCGAAAUUUCGAUCCACGACAAAUCGUCGACUAGCGAUGCAACGCCAUUCAACGUUAGAGAAACAGGGCCACCACCUUACGCGAUGCAUUACCACAGAACCCGCUACGUACCAUACUACAACCUAGCCGCCCUGCUCGGCCCCAGUCAACUCAACGCCUUGCAAGAAAGCCAGCCUGAUCACUAUGGUGACCAGUUUGCAGUCAUCAAAUUGAAGCGUACCACGGUGAAGGUGCAAUUAGAACUGUGGAAGCUGUUGGGCUACACUGCUCAGGAUCGAGUAUACGGAUAA